AUGAUGAGCCAUACCGUGGCGAAGCUGAUUGGUUCGCCGCCGGGCUACGUGGGCCAUGACGACGGCGGCCAGCUAACCAAGCGACUCAAGAGCUGCCCCAACGCCGUGGUGCUGUUCGACGAGGUGGACAAGGCGCACGCCGACGUCCUCACCGUGCUGCUACAGCUGUUCGACGAGGGCCGGCUCACCGACGGCAAGGGACGCACCAUCGAGUGCAAGGACGCCAUCUUCGUCAUGACGUCCAACCUGGCCAGCAACCAGAUCGCCGACCACGCACUGGAGCUGCGCCGCGAGGCCGAGAAGCUGGCCCGGGAGCGGUACGAGGGCAAGAUUGGUGAGCGCCGCGUACCGGCACGACGUGGAGUUCACCGAGCGCGUCAACAUCUCCGCACCUUCAAGGAGACGGUGGUGCAGCCCAUCCUGAAGCGACACUUCCUGCGGGACGAGUUUCUCGGUCGCAUCAACGAGAUCGUGUACUUCCUGCCCUCGUUCUCGCGGCCCGAGCUGCGUCUGCUGGUGGCGCGAGAGCUCCAGCUCUGGGCUGACCGGGCGAAGGAGAAGCACAACAUCGAGUUGAAGUGGGACCGUCGCGUGCUGGACGUGCUCGUGGACGGCUACAACGUGUACUACGGCGCCCGCUCCAUCAAGCAUGAGGUGGAGCGGCAGCAGCUGCGGCCCGGCUGCGCCGUGUUCGUCACCGUCACGGACGACACAGCACAACCGGGCGCGCGCGGCGUCAAGAUCCAGCUGGGCCAUGGCGGCGCCUCCGACCUGGAGGAUUUCGUCUCUCCGCUGAGCUGA